GUUGCUUAUUGUUAAAGCGUUGAUUCGCAUAGCGGCAGAUGACCUACCUCACAGCUCAGAACAAAAUAGAGAUACUGUGCUGAGUCACAUAUUCUCCAAGAUUUACGGUCUAAAUUGCAGUAAUGAUGAUUUCAUCUACAACUAUUAUUGCAAUUUAAUAACAUGGGGACUGCAAAUCAUCAACAUGAGUGAUACAGCAAAGGAAGGGGAUACAGAAAGACUCAUACUGAAUAUGAAAGAAAAUGCAGAAUUUUUCUAUUCCAACUCAACAAUGAGUAAAUAUUUCACGGAAUGUGUCAACACCAUCCUGCAGGUUAACUUUUUGUUGUCUCCACACACAAGAACGAGAGUUCUGGAAGGAGCAUUUGUCAACACCAAAGGUGGAAAUGGUCAAAACAAGGAGGCAGACCUGGUUCAGGAGCAUGCUAUCAGGAACCAGAAAGACAUCAUAAGAGGUCUAGGUGCCAACAAAACAGAGACUGCAACUAGAAGGGCCAGCGGGUCAGCAAACAUAAUUUACAAAAUAGGAGAUAAUGUAGACAAACUUUUGAAUAUCCCAAAACCGACAACAAGCCAUACUAAAAAAACUACAUCUAAAGACCUUGAUCUUGCUGUAAGCAUUUUGAGGAAGGUUGGCCCUUUUAAUUAUGUGAAAGGGCGAAAAUUUGACAGUUUUAAAGAAAUCCCAAAAAAUCCCAAAAGAAUUGUUAAAAGGAAAGAUCUUGUGGGUGGGAUCCACAAAAAAAUUCAAAGGUUGUUUUUGAACUGUUGAUUUAACAUUGUUGUCUUUUUAUUAAAAAUGUAAGAAAUCUAUCUUAUUCAUGUGUGCUACUUCCUAAGAUUUUUUUUGCAACUAUGGUGGAUUUUUUAAAUUUUAUAUAUUUCUUUAUUUGUCUAAACAUAGGCAUUGUACAUCAAAUAACUAGAAAUGGAUAUUCAUCAUUGUGUAGUUGUACCUGUAUAUCUAUUGAAACUUUUAAUUUGAAGGACGAAAUGAAUUAUGGCAUUAUAACAUAUAUUAGAAAUGUAUAAAUACAGAUAUUCCUAUAGUUAUAUAUUAUUUACUAGCAUUUUAAA